UGCCCGAGCUCGUCGGCGAGAUCCUCCUCCGCCUCCCUCCCGACGAGCCCGAGCACCUCCUCCUUGCGGCCCUCGUCUGCAAGCCCUGGUUCCGCACCCUCUGCAACCCCGCCUUCCGCCGCCGCUACCACGCCUUCCACCGGACGCCGCCUCUGCUCGGCUUCCUCCACAGGCUCCAGGUCAUCCAGGGAGAUCCGCCCCAGCUCCUCGCCCCCACCACCGCGGCGCCCCUCCCCCCCUACCCCAACUGCCACCGCACGCGCCUCCUCGACUGCCGCCACGGCCGCGUACUCAUCCACGUGGGGGACGACUACUGGCACUUCAUCGUCUGGGGCCCCGUCACCGGCGACGAGCAGCGCCUGCCGGAGCCUGGCUUCAUUCCCGUGGCUAAUCUACUCCGCCGCGGUGCUCUGCUCUGUGCCCGGCUGCGACCACCUCGACUGCCACGGCGGACUCUUCCGGGUGGUCUUCAUCGCCACCGACGACGACGACGAACUCGUUAAGGUGAGCGCGUACUCAUCGGAGACAGGGGAGUGGAGCGUGCCGGUAUCUCUUGGCGACGAUUGUGAAGCCUAUGUAAAGCAUCAGCAAAGUGCAACAGAAAGAUCCUACUACACACCCUAUGUGCAGCCUAGGUGGGGUGCCGUUAUCGGGGAUGAAAUCUACUUCACACUUCGGAGGGGUAAUGCAAUCGUCAAGUAUGACUGGAGCUACAAUUGCUUAUCUAUGAUUAGCCCGCAAUCACUGGUGGUGUAUAGCAGUCGGAUUUCCCUCAUGGUGACAGAGGACAGUUCACUGGGGUUUGCCUGCAUUGGAGGUUCCAACCUUUUUCUGUGGUCAAGGAAGGUGAAUUCACAAGGAGCUCCAGAAUGGGUACAAUGCAGGGUCAUCGAUCUGGAGAAAAUUAUACCUGUUGCCGAUUCCAGUGAUGAACGACUUGUGGUUGGCUCCGCAGAGGGUGUGGGUGUCAUCUUCAUCAGCACAGGUGUUGGAUUGUUUAUGAUAGAGCUCAAGUCAGGCCGGGUGAGGAAGGUUGAUGUGCCUGGGGUCUACUUCAGCAUCCUACCCUACAUGAGCUUCUACACUCCAGAUCACUGUAGAUUGUCAUCAGUAGCAAAGGAUUGACUGAUCUCUGAGGUGCUGCUGAAUAGUAAGACCUAUCAACAUGGAUGAAUCCACCAUCUUGAGCCUGCUUCUGUUGGUUUCUUUAAGAGCUACUACUAUCAAAAAGUUCAUUUCUUGGUUCAAGUCAUUAUGAACAAAUGUGGUUGUCUUUGUCGAGCUAUCCUGACCAUAUCAUUUGGAAAUUGUGUCUUUGUUUAAUAUGUCAGGCAUGUUUCAGCUUCUCUUUUGUUAAUGUUUGACUCAGUUACAUGGAACCAAAACUAUGUGGAGCUUCUGUUGUUUCCCUUUCUUGGAAAGAAUGAACAUGACACUCAGUGUUGGGUUCAUGUCUUCAAAAGGGUCGUCAAGUUUCAGACUUUUUGUUUAUACAAUCGGGCUAUCAUGUUUGCUCUUUUCCA